AUGGAGCGUGCGGAGGAGGGAGCGCGGGCUGAGGGAGCUCCCGCUGAGGGGGCACCCCUUGAGGUGGGGCACCCCAAGAUUCCCAAAGCCCCCUCAACACCUGUUUCACCAUCAGAGGAAGUUUCUGUCGGCCUUGGUGCGGAAAGUGUUCCGGACCCAUCUGACAGCGGAGGUGCUGGAGGCCCGGACAUUCCUGUCGCCAGCCAGGCCCAGCCCCAGGAAGACCACGAAAGCACCUCUCCUCGAGGGCGUGGACGUGCUCGGGGUCGGGGUCGUAGUCAGGGUCGGGGUCGAGGUCGUGGUCGUGGUCGUGGCAAAACCAUCGAAAAGUCAACGCAAGAACAAGCCAUGAGUUUAAAGCAUGAUGAAUCUUAUGAAAUCGAGGAACAGUUUAUAUUGAGACUGCCUCCGGAACAUGCUUAUGCUGUCAGGAAGAUUAUACAUUCUAGAGGUUCUGCCAUGAAGGAUAAACUAAAAAUUGACUUUUCUCCUGAUGGACACCACGCAGUUGUUCAGGUAGAAGAUGUUUCACUGCCUGCUAAGCUGGUUAAUUUGCCUUGUGUUAUUGGAAGCCUGAAAACUGUUGAUAGAAAAACAUUUUAUAAAACAGCAGAUAUUUCUCAGAUGCUUGUGUGCAGUGCUGAAGGAGAGCCCCAGACUUCUCCAGAAAAGCCAUCUACCUCUACUGAUCCUACUGUAACUGGCAAUGAUGAAGAGAAGACAGAUAAAAAAAUAUAUAACUGGAAGCACGGCAUUACUCCACCACUUAAGAAUGUCAGAAAGAAAAGGUUCCGGAAAACAACAAAAAAGCUCCCAGAUACCAAACAAAUGGAUGAAAUCAACUUUAGUGAGUACACUGGAUCUCCAAAUGUGGAAAAAGAAUUGAAGAGACUGCUGUGCUCAGAUGCUGAAGCUGUCAGUGUCCGCUGGGAAGUAGUUACAGAUGAUGAAACCAAAGAAACAGAAAGUGAAGGGUGCAUUUCAAGUACUUCAGGAACCACACAGAUGAGCGGACCUGGCUCAUCAGAAUUUGAUAUGCUCCGGGAGAUAUUUGAUGAUUCUGGCAGUAACAGUAAUGAUGUGGAAGAUAAAAGUGAUAAAACUGAAGAUGAGGAUGAUGACAAUCAAGAGGAGACUGAUGAGGAUGAUGAUAAGGAUGAUGAAGAGGAAGAGGAAGAGGAAAAAAAACAAGAGACAGACCAUUGUGAAGAAGAGUUAGAAAGGGACCUGCAAGCCAAAUUUUUUCAAUUUAGCCUCUAUGAAACAAGCAAAGAUUACACCUCAAUAAUCAUGGGAAUUAAGAAAUUGAUUCAGUACAAAGAAAGAAAGCUCCAAUAUAUUUAUAAAAAAGCACAGCGACAGAAGGAUCUCCUUAACAAUGUAGAAAACUUGACCCUCAAGAUUCAUCACCUACAGGAACAACUGAAAUGUUUUCUGAAGGAAUGA